GAGAGUAACAGGAAGCGCUGCCGGCGCCUCCGAACCUGCUGGCAGGGCGAGCCAUGGAGUUCUCGGAGGAGAAGUUGCGGAAGUGGCUGAGCAAGUAUAAAUUCCGAGAUCUUACCAUAGAAGAACUGAAGCACAUAAAUGAGCUGUGUCCCAACAUCAGGUUCACAAUGAGCACCUACACUUUUAAAGAUGGAUCCCAGAAAGAUCUUCUGAACUUUACUAAUAUUGUUCCAGUAAAAUAUCAGGGUAACACUUAUAAUAUUCCAAUUUGCAUAUGGAUUUUGGAUUCUUAUCCUUUUACUCCACCCAUUUGUUUUCUAAAACCUACUUCUAACAUGGGAAUUUCUGUAGGAAAACAUGUGGAUGUCCGCGGAAGGAUUUACUUGCCAUAUCUACAAGCCUGGAGCCAUCCACAGUCAGAAAUUAUAGGGUUGUUAAAGGAAAUGAGCAUAAAAUUUGAAGAAGAACUUCCCUUAUAUGCAUUAUCAUCUUCUGAUGAAGUCAGACAGAUGGACCUACUUUCUUAUAUAACCAAAAUUGUUGAAGGUGAAAACAAUGGACAGUCAAAGGGAGAAGGAAAGAAAAAUGAUGGAGAUUUACGCAAAGUUACAAUAGUUGGGACUGGAGAUCUGGGCCUUGCAUGUAUUUUGGCUAUUUCAGCAAAGGAUGUUGCUGACAAGGUGGUUGUUUUGGACUGCUCGGAAGCUACAGUGAAAGGAGGAACAAUGGACCUAGAAAUCUUUGACUUGCCAAAGGUGGAAAUUAGUCGAGAUUUUUCUGUGUCAGCGGACUCAAAAUUGGUGGUGUUUACAGUUAAUUCUUUAGGCAAUGCUCAAUCCUACCUGGAGGUUGUUCAGAGCAAUGUGGAAUUGUUCAGAGGCCUUAUUCCAUCAAUAGCUCAUUAUAGUCAACACAGUGUACUGCUUGUUGCUUCUCAACCAGUAGAAAUAAUGACCUAUGUGUCGUGGAAGCUGAGUGGAUUUCCUAAAAGCAGAGUUAUUGGAAUUGGUUGCAAUUUGGAUUCAGCAAGAUUCCAAUAUGUUGUUACAAAUCUGUUGAAAGCCCAAAGCAAAAGUAAAGACAAUUGGAUUAUUGGUGAACAAGGAGAAAACAAAGGUAAAAUUGUGAACUACUGUAUCACUUAG